AUGUUCGUCGAUUACCUACGAACGGCCUUGACGCAGCCGAUCAAUAUAAUACCAGCAGUUAUCAUCCUCGUCGUCAUCUUCAAGGCUCGAGCAUGGUACAAUGACAACGGAAUUCCUUCCGUCAAAUCAAAUAUACCAAUAAUUGGAAAUCUUCUUGAUUAUGCUAAGGAUAUGGAAGGAUAUGUUCGAGAAUCUGGCAAGAAGUACGGACAGGUUUUCCAAAUCAAUCUCCUCCUAACAAAUACUAUCUGGCUCAAUGGUCCUGCCUUAAACAAGGAGUACCUUUUCGCUCGUGAAGAUGUUUGGUCGUUCGGUGAUGGGAUGGGAGUAUUCCUUAACAAGGUCGUUGUUCCAAACUUUUUCGAUCAGCUCCGUCUCCUGGUGGGAUCCCUCAGCCGAGGAAUCUCUAACAAUGCAGCUAUCGCACAUUACACCAACCUGGCCGGCAUUGAGACCGAGAAAGCAAUUGCAGACUGGGCAGACCGCAAGGAGCCCCUUUCCCUUUUCAAAGACACUUCAUACAUCGUGCACAAAAUCAUUGUUCAGUGUAUGAUGGGCCCAGAUUUUUACGACGCCGCAGACGAGCUUUUCGACCUACUCCACGUCAUGGAAGCGAACCUUGGUAGCAUUUGGAACUUCAUCCUUCCAGAAUGGCUUCCUCACCCAACUGCUAAAAGACUAUGGGCUGCUCGUGACCGUACCAGCGAGAUCUUCAAAGUUCGCCUUGCUGCUCGUGAGAAGGAGCCUGAGAAAUGGAAGAAGGAACUAGAUUACAUUUCCUAUACUCUCCGUGACCCAGUCACUGCACAUUUGAAGGACAAAUAUAGUGCCCUUCACACGGUGCUGAUGUUCGCUGCCCACACCAGCACAGUUGCUGGUGUUGCCUGGACCAUCAUUGAGCUCCUUAAAAAGCCUGAAUAUCUCGAACGGCUUCGCAAGGAGCUCGCUGCCAACCCAAACCCAGAUAAAUCCGAGUUCCUUGGUGCUCUAAUGAAGGAGACUGUCCGCCACUAUGUAGCAUUCAAUGACCUUCGUUUCACCCGUCAGGCCAAGACGCUUGCUAACGCUGACUCCAAAAAAUCGAUCAUCAUCCCAGCAGGUACUAUGGUCUCCAUCUCACCUUAUAUCACUCAUCACGACCCUAGCAUCUGGGAAAACCCUCAUGAAUAUCUGCCAGAGAGAUGGAUUGAAGAUCCCAACUUGCAGAAGAAGAUGAACGAAGGAAAUAACAUUCGCUACUUGCCUUUUGGAGCUGGAAGUCAUCGUUGUCCUGGCGAGAGGAUGGCUUUGAUGAUGAUGAGAACCAUUGUUGCCAAGAUUGUGAUGACUUGUGAUAUGGACUGGCCCGCUGGCGAGGCUAACCAGAACACCACUAAUUUGGACUUCGGCAAAAUUGGAAGCCCAUGGCUCAAGGGUGACAUCCGUGUUAAGAUUCAGCCCAAGGCAAAAUAG